AUGGUGGCGAUGUCAACGAGGAAACCGGAAUUCCCCCUCCCAUCACCGCCACUUAAUGGGACCAACCAUCGCGUUGGACCGCCAGGGGCUGUGUCCUAUGGAAGGGGCACCGCGGGGAGUAUUUAUAGGCCCGGAAUCAUAACCGUAGGGUCGGAUCGAGUUCUUGAAGAAGACAAGAAGAUGGAUGAGGGUGGGUGGGGCGCUGGUGCAGUGACGAUGGUCCUGGUGGUGGCUGCAUUGCUCAUAUUUGUUCCAUUGGGAAUGGGCCCAGUGCAGGCUCCUUCUCCAUGCAUGCUCCUCGUCUUCCCGGCGGUCUUGAUCUUCAUUCUCAUCUUCCUCUCUCACGCCUCCAAUCAAUCCUAAAUUUGUUAUUCCUUGUCCCA